AUGUCAUCGUUCAAACGCAAGAGAGUGCAACUCGAUGAAUCUGAUGAAGACGAGCCUGCAUAUGGAAAACAAAUUCUUCCUGUUGCAAAUCUACCAGCCGAUUUCAACGAUGAACCCAUGGAUGGGAUGCAGUAUCUCUUCAUGGUGAGACGCGAUGCUCGACUACUACCUGGAACUGUACGUGUAGAAAAUCCUUAUGAGAAACCAUCACCUCCUGUGACCGAAGAGAGGUUCCUUGAAUCGUUUGCUGGUCCUUCUCAGUUACCUCUUGAGAGUUGGCGGGAAACAUUUGAAUAUCGCUUUCAAAACUUCCGCAGAAAUUUCAACCAGCCAACAAUUCAUGUGGGUGCCGCAACUCCUGGGCCUCGCGGACUGAUGCCCGACAAAAAAGAUAGGGACAUGUGGUGGGCAUUCUUGUCUGGACAACCUGAAUCAGAGUGGAACCCAACAAAGAAAGCUAAGAAUAAAUCUAAACGCAAUCCAUCUGCUCUUGGAAGUAUGUGUGCAUGGACAGAAGGAAACCCGCAACAAGAUUCUUCACCAUCAUCCCCAUACAACACUUCGCAGCAGCUCGACGAUGAAGGCGAGGUAGAGCAAGUGCUCAAAGUCAGUGCUGCUGAAUCUUUACCCAGCCCUGCUGGCACGCCUGUCCCUCUCGAAUACUUCGAGGGUCUCAGUCAACCUAGUUCAACGGUCAGCCCUCCUACUUCUCUACUUCCCGAAGACAAGUUGACUCCACGGGAACCCACAUCUAUCCUUCUAAAAAUGAUAGACGAGCGUGUAGCUUUGCAUCUUCUGAUGUAUUUUACUCAUUGGAUCAAUCUCUAUCUUAAAGAACCGGAACCACAACAACAUCUGCCCACGGAAUGCCAUGCUAGAUGGAUAUUUGUGCUAUUAUCAAGGAUUGAUGAUUUUAUAUCAUCCGAUGAUCUCCACCUUUUGCGCAAUCUUGCUCGAGCGUGCCUGGCUUUGCUUGGGCAUAUCAAGAAGCAGCAACAAACUUCAUCUUGCAAACCUCCAUCAAAACGAAUGGGUGAAAACGCCUGCUGGAUUAUCAUUACGACAAUUGCUGGAGUUUGGAAGCAAAGAGACCUCUGGAUGGAUGCUGAGAGCAUCUUAAAAAAACUGUGA